AUGAUCGUUAACACAUCGGAAAUAGUCUUCAUUGUUGGUUUGUCACAAGAAGAGUUCAUUCCAUGUCGUCCAUUGCUCUCAUCAGUAACUCUUUCAGAUCGGGAACACGUCGAGGAGGUUACGAAUGUUCUACCGUAUCAGUUCUACACAGGAUACUUCAAGAAAAACAUACCUCAUGGUAAAAUGAACCAUUCCUCCAUUGGUAAGAUGACGUGGAAGGAAUAUCGUCACCCAUGCUCUUUGUUCUCAGCUUCUGGAAAACCAGAAUAG